GGAGGCGGAGCCAGCCGGGCCCGGGGGGCGGCCGCACAGUGUCCGGGAGCCCCACAGGCCUGGAGGGGGUCUGCGCGCGGCCGGCCGGCUCUGCGCCCCCACGUCGGGUCCCGAGCGGGCCUCCGUCGGGCCAGCCCGAUGUGAGCGGGCCCCGCGGCGCUGAGCGAGGAGCGGGCCCGCCGCGGAGCCGGAGGGCGGGAGGAACAUGACAUCGCGGAGAUGGUUUCACCCGAACAUCACUGGCGUGGAGGCAGAGAACCUGCUCCUGACCCGAGGAGUUGAUGGCAGCUUUCUGGCGAGACCCAGUAAAAGCAACCCUGGAGACUUCACUCUCUCCGUUCGAAGAAAUGGCGCUGUCACCCACAUCAAGAUUCAGAACACUGGCGACUACUAUGACUUGUACGGAGGGGAGAAGUUUGCCACUCUGGCUGAGUUGGUCCAGUAUUACAUGGAGCACCACGGGCAGUUAAAGGAGAAGAACGGAGACGUGAUCGAGCUCAAGUACCCUCUCAACUGUGCAGACCCUACCUCUGAAAGAUGGUUUCACGGACACCUCUCCGGGAAAGAAGCAGAGAAAUUACUAACCGAGAAAGGAAAACACGGCAGCUUCCUGGUCCGAGAGAGCCAGAGCCACCCUGGGGACUUUGUCCUCUCCGUGCGGACCGGAGAUGACAAAGGAGAGAGCAGCGACGGCAAGUCGAAGGUGACCCACGUCAUGAUCCGCUGCCAGGAACUGAAGUAUGAUGUCGGUGGAGGAGAACGCUUUGACUCUUUGACAGACCUCGUGGAGCAUUACAAGAAGAACCCCAUGGUAGAAACGCUGGGCACGGUACUGCAGCUCAAGCAGCCCCUCAACACCACCCGGAUCAAUGCUGCUGAAAUCGAAAGCCGGGUUCGAGAGCUAAGCAAGUUAGCUGAGACCACGGACAAAGUCAAGCAAGGCUUUUGGGAAGAAUUUGAGACGCUACAACAGCAGGAGUGCAAACUUCUCUACAGCCGAAAAGAAGGUCAGAGGCAAGAAAACAAGAACAAAAACAGAUACAAGAACAUCCUGCCCUUUGACCACACCAGAGUCGUUCUCCAUGACGGCGAUCCCAAUGAACCCGUCUCGGAUUACAUCAACGCCAACAUCAUCAUGCCUGAAUUCGAAACCAAGUGCAACAACUCAAAGCCCAAAAAAAGCUACAUUGCUACGCAAGGCUGCCUGCAGAACACCGUGAACGACUUCUGGCGGAUGGUGUUCCAGGAGAACUCCAGGGUCAUCGUUAUGACGACGAAGGAAGUUGAGCGAGGAAAGAGUAAAUGCGUCAAGUACUGGCCGGACGAGUACGCUCUGAAGGAGUACGGCGUCAUGCGCGUGCGGAACGUCAAGGAGAGCGCCGCCCAUGACUACACGCUGCGGGAGCUGAAGCUCUCCAAGGUCGGGCAAGCUCUACUCCAGGGCAAUACGGAGAGAACCGUCUGGCAGUACCACUUUCGGACCUGGCCGGACCACGGUGUGCCCAGCGACCCUGGGGGCGUGCUGGACUUCCUGGAGGAGGUCCACCACAAGCAGGAGGGCAUCGUGGACGCGGGGCCCGUGGUGGUCCACUGCAGUGCUGGGAUCGGCCGGACGGGGACCUUCAUCGUGAUCGACAUCCUCAUCGACAUCAUCAGAGAGAAAGGCGUGGACUGCGACAUCGACGUCCCCAAAACCAUCCAGAUGGUGCGGUCUCAGAGGUCAGGGAUGGUGCAGACCGAGGCCCAGUACCGCUUCAUCUACAUGGCAGUCCAGCAUUACAUCGAGACCCUCCAGCGCCGGAUCGAGGAAGAGCAGAAAAGCAAGAGGAAAGGGCACGAGUAUACAAAUAUUAAGUAUUCCCUAACGGACCAGGCGGGCGGAGACCAGAGCCCUCUUCCACCCGGCACCCCGACACCGCCCUGCGCAGAAAUGAGAGAAGAUAAUGCCCGAGUGUAUGAAAAUGUGGGUCUGAUGCAGCAGCAGAAAAGCUUCAGAUGAGAAGACCCGGGAAGGCUCCGCACAGACAGAGAUGUGAAUUUUCACCCUCUCCCCAUAAAGAUGAAGAGCAGGUGCAAGAAGGUUGAUGCGAAGACUGAGCGUAGAAGGCUCGUGCUCUGGCCGACUAUCCUCGGAGAAGAGAAUCUGAAACUGUAUUCCAACUCAGCAACUCCUGAUUUCCUGUUCCGCCUUUCCUCAGCCAGGGAGGACUCACCACAGCGAGAUGGACAGUGUUGGAUAGAAUUUUAUUUCACACGGAGGAUGCAGCUCUCUCUGUACUUUAAAGACGGUGAUUCAAAUUCUAGUUACUGGUGAUUUAAAAUUUUUUUACAACCUGAAGAAAACAUUUUUUUUUUUUCUUUUCCUCUGAGUGGGGGGAUGAUGGGGUAUUUAUAAGCGAGAACAACGGUUUGGUAGCACGAGCGACAGCAUCCUGCAGGAGAGCGCUUUCCUCGAUCGUCGCUCACGCGGUGGUGGACGGCCUCUGGUUCUUUGUUGUUGUCGUUUUUCCUGGCUAAAUAACAAUGAAACCAGCGCCCCAGACUGUCCUUCGCUGCUGGUCUACUAGGAGCCCGUGGAGGGUGGACGCGGGAAGCGCGAGGCGGGGUGAGAGCAGCCACCGUGCCGCAGUGGCAGGAGAACGAGGGCGAGGAUUUCUUUUCAUCCGAGCAGGUCUCCGUAUUUAAAAGGAAAAACGGACAAGCAGUGUUCGGGGUAUCAGUUGUUGCUGACCAACUACCCCCUCACCUCCGUGUCCCCCAGCACCCCACAUCCCCCGCUUUGCUUUUCCGUCUGGCCCUGCCCCUCGGAGCUCUUCAUCUGCUGUCUUGCUGCCACCCAUGAGGGUGGCAGGUGGCCUGGGACUUGGGAGCGCCAGGCCUCCCUCUGCACGAAGUCCCCAGGAUCUCCAUGGGGGUCACGGGGCCUCUCCCAGCUGCCGAGAGUGAGGGGGACGUGGGCGGGCCUGCUGUCGGCCCAGCCCCGAGCAGGCCGGGGAGGUGGGGAGGCUCGCCACUGCCAGGGAGGUGCAGCCCUAGUUGGAAGAGUAGGUGCUGGUGACCUCGCGAGGCUGGGCGAGUGGAAAUAGCCUGCCAGAAGCUUCCUCAACCUGUUCCACCAGCUCUGGGCGUAUCUGCAGAAGCAUCACUCGGGGAAACCGGACUUCCAGGAUGGGUGUGGGGGAGGACAGAGCAUUUGAAAGCAGAUUGGCCCAGCACCCUGGCACCUGGCCCUUCUUGUCACUGCCUCCAGGCAGGCCUCCUGUGCAGGCACACAGGGAGCAGGCCGAGGACACCCCGAUCGGACUGAAUAGGCAGCAGCUCAUGUUUCUCUGAACCCGGCCGUGAGAUCUGCGAACUCUACCUUAAGUGCCUUCUCCGAAGCUCCUUCCCACCCCGCACCCUCCAGCCCUGUUCUCCUUCCUGCCGCUUCCUGCUUUCGCUCCUUCCUGGGGGCUUCCCCCCACCCUGGGAGGCCCGGGCGGAUCGGACAGGCUGUACCCCGUGCUCCCGGCCGCAUCCCCGCUUCCCUGAAUCCGAGCCGCUUCAGAGCACAGGUCAGGCCCGUCAGGAAGCGAUUCCAUUUCGGUGUUUGCCGCCAGGAUCCUGAAUCCUGUUCGUGUCGCCGCGUUAUCGCACCGCCCGGUUCUCCCUUGGUUUUGGUGGCGAUGCUCUGGCUCUGGCCACGGGGGCGAAGGAGGGUCUGAUGGUUCUGGCCGCGGCAGUGCCACUGGGUUUGGUUCUUGGGCCAGAAUCGCCUGCGCUUGGCUCGCUUGCUUUGUUCCUAGAUUCCACGUAGAUAUCCCCUUCCCAGGUCAGCAGGCGUGACGGACGCUGAGGUUGGUGGUUGUGUUUGGUUCAAGGUGAUCGCAGGUGCUCUGAGGCCACGCUGAGAGGCUGGGGACACGGGUGGGCUGGCGGGGAGAGCGGGGGACAGAAUAGAAUAGUGGAGAUGAAUGUGUCUGAGGGGAGUUUCUGAGGAGGUCCGUGGGUGGGUGGCCUGGGGAAUAGGCGUGCCAGGGAUGUGCUGGGUUGCUGGCAGAGGACAGAAAUUGCACAGUAUCCCGGAUUUUAAAAUUUUAAGCAUAGGAUUUUGUAUCUGCGGUGUACAAAUGAGGCAUGUGGCAUUAGGGUUCUUUUUAAAAGCUGAAUUCCAGUCUUAAGAGGUUUUUCUAAAAGGGAUUUUUUUGAAGUCACCUUGCCCACAGGCCGUGGCCUUCCUGAGUGACGGUCCCUCCUCCCCUCGAGGUCCACGCCUCUCCAGAGUGGCGGAUGGCGGACACACGUGGCGGACGGGGACAGUGUCUGCGUUCAGAAGGAACCAGCAGCUUUGGGGCCACCAAGAAAAGAAUCAAGAUGCUGCUCCCUGGGGUUAUAUUCCCAGGGGCUUCCGGGGGGAAUUUCUGCUGAGGGGAAAGAUUGGCAGUUGUCAAGUUCUGAGCAUUGGCGUUCGUGGGAACGGUUUGCAGCUGUGAAGUGUGUUCGCGUCUUGUCCCUGAGCCUCCCAGCCCGGUGCUGGCCGUGCCCCCUCCCGCCCCCGCGCCCGGGGAAUAAAGAUUUUCAUGGCAAAAGCACAUGGGCGCCCUUCCCGAUGCCAGAUUAGGAUUUGCAUCAGCCCUUACUUGAUUGUGUUACUCUCUCUCCCGCUUCUUGAAAACCAGUUCCAGGAUACAGUCUCCUGUCCCUUCCAUCGUUACCGAGUUUGUCCCCUUUUUUUGUUCUCCCCGCGGGCAGUUCACACAAGGCAAAAGCAUCAAUUGGUCUCAGUAUGUUGUAUACCGUUGCUGUGUAUCAAACUAAUUUUCGCAAGUUUUUCAUCCUAAACCUCAGAUCAUGUCAUUAAUAAUUUGCCUGUUUAUUUAUGACCUAAUUGUGAUUCUUUUAUUAAUAAAAGCUAAUGGAAAAGGAUCCUUAUUAAGCUGA